AUGUCGGUUGCUGAGAAAUUUGUUGGUACGUGGACGCUUGUUGAAUCGAAUAAUUUCGAUGCAUACCUAAAACAUAUCGGUGUUGGAGUGAUAAUGCGAAAUCUAGCUAAAAGUCUUAAACCAGCAUUAACUUUUACCGUGGAUGGUAAUAAAUGGAAGAUUGUUAGCCAGUCAAGUUUUAAAAAACAUGUUUGGGAAUUUGAAUUGGGUGAAGAAUUCACUGAAACAACACCUGAUGGACGACAAGUAAAGAGUAAAUUCUUUUUGGAAGGAGAUGUGCUAGUUCAACUGGAAACUGCUAUCAAAACAGGCGAUAAGAGUAGCAGAUUUGAACGUUACAUCGAUGAACAAGGUCAACUGAUUAUUGUUUGUGAUUCCGAAGGUGUAGUUGCAAAGCGUAUAUACAAAAGGGCAGAAUGA